CGCCCCAGCGCCCUAGUGCCGCUGCCGGGAAGGGGAGGGAAGGGGAGCGGAGCGGAGCGGCGGAGAGGAGCCGGGCGGGCCGCGCCGCGCCAUGCGGCUGUGCGGGGCACUGCUGAAGAGCCCCAUCCCCAAGCAGAUCGAGUACUACUCCCGCUUCUCCCCCUCGCCCCUCUCCAUCAAGCAGUUCCUCGACUUCGGUCGUGACAAUGCCUGUGAGAAGACUUCAUACAUGUUUCUGCGGAAAGAACUUCCUGUGCGACUAGCUAACACCAUGAGAGAAGUCAAUUUGUUGCCUGAUAACUUACUUAACAGGCCUUCAGUUGGGCUAGUACAGAGUUGGUACAUGCAGAGUUUCCUCGAGCUUUUAGAAUACGAAAAUAAAAGUCCUGAGGAUCCUCAUGUUCUGGAUGACUUUUUAGAUGUUUUAAUUAAAGUCAGGAACAGACACAAUGAUGUGGUUCCAACCAUGGCGCAAGGGGUGAUUGAAUACAAGGAAAAAUAUGGCUUUGAUCCAUUUGUUAGCAGUAACAUCCAGUAUUUUCUAGAUAGAUUCUACACCAACCGCAUCUCUUUCCGUAUGCUAAUUAACCAACACACACUUCUUUUUGGAGGAGAUAUUAAUCCUGCUCAUCCCAAACAUAUUGGAAGUAUUGAUCCUAAUUGUAAUGUGGCAGAGGUGGUUAAAGAUGCUUAUGAAACAGCUAAGAUGUUAUGUGAACAGUACUAUCUGGUGGCACCUGAUCUGGAAGUUGAAGAAUUCAAUGGUAAUUCUCCAAACAAGCCUAUUCAAGUAGUCUAUGUACCUUCUCAUUUGUUUCAUAUGUUAUUUGAAUUAUUCAAGAAUUCAAUGAGAGCUACAGUGGAAUUGCAUGAAGGUAAGAGAGAACGCUAUCCAUCGAUCAAAACCUUAGUCACUUUGGGGAAAGAAGAUCUAUCUAUUAAGAUAAGUGAUCAAGGUGGAGGUGUACCAUUAAGAAAAAUAGACAGAUUGUUUAACUACAUGUACUCAACAGCACCCAGGCCUAGUUUGGAGCCCUCGCGAGCUGUGCCUUUGGCUGGGUUUGGCUAUGGCUUGCCAAUUUCUCGUCUGUACGCUAGGUACUUUCAAGGUGACCUUAAACUCUACUCAAUGGAAGGCGUUGGUUCAGAUGCUGUAAUUUAUUUGAAGGCCCUUUCAAGUGAAUCAUUUGAAAGACUUCCCGUUUUUAAUAAGUCAGCAUGGCGACACUACAAGACCACACCUGAAGCAGAUGACUGGAGCAAUCCUAGCAGUGAACCAAGGGAUGCUUCUAAAUAUAAAGCUAAUCGAUAAUUUGCCACCUUUUGUCUCUGUUGGAGAUGACCUCUGCAUUCAGUAUAAAGUCUCUGCUUUGUUCCAAAAUCCUUCAAACCACAAUAGCUAAUUACUUCCAAACCAAGACCUAAUCAGGGCAUUGAAAAAUACUAAGAACAAAGUGAUGAUUGGGACUUAAAGGAAGGCACUAAGCACGUUUGGUAUGUGAAUCCUGUCUACUUCACCAGAAUAUGCUUGGUUGCUUCAGUCAUGCAUUGACAAAAGGGAUUGCACUGUGAUUGCACUUAAGAAUACAAUGUUGUAACAAAAAGAUACUAUUUGAAAUGGCCAAUUUUUAUUCCAAUAUAAGGAUUGGCAAGAUGUGCAGAAUCCCUUUAAAUGGUGAAUAGUGUCUUGCACAGCAAUAUGGUAUAAGAGAAAAAUUCUAAUGUAGUUAAACAUACGCUUUGAAAAUCCACUCUUUGCUGCGUUUUAUAUUGCACAGUGUCACCUGUUACAGAAAAUCCCUUUGAGCUCUUCAGAUCUUAUAUCUAAUGAGCUUAUAAAUGCAUAGUUCUAAAAAGGGUUGUGCAGCUUUAAACUGAUGCUUUCCCCAAAUUCCGAAAUCCAUUUGUCAAGUGCAUACAAAAAUUAUGUUGUUAUAAGACAUUGGGACUUCCACUUCUUGGUAUGCACCUUAAUGAUUUUCUUGACACCCAAACACAGAAAUGCAUUUCUAUACAUUUUUCCUUGUUUUGAGGAAAGAUCAUAAGUAGUUAGAUCAUCUCUCCAUACAAGAAAUUCUGUCAAUACAGGGGCAGGGUGGUAAUUCAAUUUCAUGUUUAUUGCCUAUCACGUUGGGGAGGUUGGGGAGCAGAGAGAAAUGCUGAAAGGCCAGACAGCCAGUCAUACAAAUGAAUUUGCCUUAAGAGCAUUGGUUGCUUGGAACCUGAUUAGUUUCAAAUCUGUAAAUAGUUUGCAAAGUUAUUUAUAUAUUCAAUGUCUGACUAUAGUCUGGUAAUCUGAAUUUGUAGUGUAUAUAAAGAUGUUGUACACCAGCUUUUGGAAAGUGUCAUUGGUCUAAAUACAUGAAACUGGAAAUAUUGUAGAAAUGGGAGGGACAAAACAUAGCCGGUACCUGAUUUAAGGGAAAAAAAAAAAUCAAAGAGAAAAAACCCAAGUAUUUUCCCCUUAAAUUUAUUGUAAGGGUUAUUGCUGACUAUUAGGAAACUGUUCUUCACCAAGUCUUUGCCGAAUACUGUUUCUGAUAUUAUGGUCUUUCAGAAAAAAUUGUGAAAUUUAGAAGUUCUGGUGAUAUCCUAGCCGUGGGAAUAAAUUAGAUGAGUUGUAAGUAACUCUGAUGCACCCUCAGUUUCUCUUAGGUGUUUUGAUAUUUUUUUGAAAGAAAUUGCAGAUUUUAGCAUGGAAAAAUGAAACUUGUUUACUAAAAUUGUGGGGGAACCGUCCCUUUUGCCCUCCCAAUAUUUAUUUUUAUAAAGAACUGAUCUAUUAGGCAAACAGGGAAAUAAUGAGAAAUUCCUAGAUAUUUUUAAAAAAAUCUUAGUUUGACUUAACGAUAGUACUUUGCACUUACACAGCACAUUUCAUCGAAGGAUUACAAAGUGCUUUGAGCAAUAAACUUCACAUAGCCCCAUUUCUGAAGAGUCGGAGUCCUUACCUUGCAAACCUUUACUCUUACCUGUCGCAGUCAGUUCAAGAAUUUGUAUGCGAGUAGUUCAUGCGUUUGCAGGGCUUGAGGUUCUGUGGGCUUCACUACACUGUACAGAUAAGUCACGUUGGAGCGCCAGGUUGUUUUAACGCGCUCUCAUACAUGUCUCUGCGCAGCGCUGCCGUGCUGUUCAGAGGUGGAGGUACCGGGACAGCUGCUGAAGGCUGUCCGACUUGUUAGCUGGUAAGCGGUGCCCUUCUGAGCCCCCUCUGCCAGCGGGUAGGAAGAGGGAGCGUGCUGAUGAGGCCGUCCUCUUCAGUUCCCGAACUCGUUUGACCCUGGCUAGGGGAUCUUUACGUGGCAUGGUGAGGGCGUAAUGCGUGUGGCCUCCAGAGCAAUAACUUCCCAUGACUGCAGGCACUGCUGCGGAGAAGGCAAAUUGAUCUCACCCCAGCAGCAUAGCUGUACCGCUUGAAUAGCAGAGUAAUAGGUUGACUGAAACACCAGUUGGAAUUCACAUCUACUAAAAUUUAGUCACUUCACUUCUGCCCUCACCUGUAACUUCUUACUGUUUUUAAAAUUCAUUUCAAGUUGUGUAGGUUUUCUAGUAAUCGCAGAGGAGGGCUUGCUUAAAAAUAGAAGUUUGUGAUGAAACUAAUAUUUUCCCAGUUGCGUGUGGUCAGUUUUUCCCAGAACAUUACGUAAAACAUUCCAAGGAAUAAGAGAGUUUGUGUAAGAAGCUGAGUUUCAGCUUUUGUUAGAAAUCGUAUUUUGAAGUAGUAAAUCCUGACCUGGUGCUUCUUUUUGGCUGUCCCAUUAUACAUGGAGAGGGAGCAGAAAGAAAAGAAGGGAUGCAGGCAUACUGAACUUGUUUUCAUGAAGUGGAUGUAAACCAUGGAAGCCAGUGAAUGAAAGCUGAAGAUACCAUGGAGGAUGUUAUGGUACAUUAGUCAUUUCACUUCUUUAUUCACAAAAACAACUGCCUGGCUUUCAGGACUGAAGUGCUCUAGUACUUGAAACCUGAAGUCCCCUGAAAUGGCACCUAUUUGGAGGAACCCUGAGCAUGUACGAGCAGCUCAAAGCAGGAAGGUAGAGCACAAGGAAUGCAUUUUCUUUCCAUUUCCCAAGGCCUGUUCGUGGGCGUUACGGUGAAUAUGAGCGAGAAGCAACUUUUCUCCUCUCCAACCUUGUCUAGGCAGCCUGUGCUUUAGUGGAGAUCCCAGGUACGCCAUAAAUUGUUCUUCACUCACUGUCCUUGUGCCAUGUUUCUACGUAGGGGUAUUGGUCUGAAAACUGUCUUAAGAAACAGCAGCAGCAGACCUUCGAUUAGAAGAGAGGUUUUCAAUGGGUAUGCCUGAAAAAUGAGGGUGGAUGGGUUUUUAAUAUGGCUAGUUUAACUACAGAUACUGAUCUUUUUUCAGUUACUUCUGCCUUUGAUUGGAGCCUGUUAUAUAACUGUUUGUUUUAAUAUCUUGGGGCUGUUAAUUCCAAACUUUCUGAUGAUAUAAAAGUAUAUUUCUUUUUUAUGGAUUUCAGAUGGAUGGCCUGCUAAUGUUAUUGCAACCUGCUUGUCUUGAGUUACAGGACACAUAAAUAGAAAAAAAUGUUUUCAGUGAAAAUGCUUCGUAUCUGUUGUAUUUAGUGAUUAACAGAAACAAACUGAGCAAGAGAUGUUUGCUCCUCAAUUCUUCCUGAGAAUUUACAAACAACUUCUAUAUGUCAUAGUGUAACAAACAGUUUAACUUUUUUGUCCAGUAUGCGUUUUUCUGGUGUAUGUGUCUUGAACGUAAUCUAUUAAUCCCCUGCGUAGUUUAAUAUUAAUAGAUGCUGAAGUCUCUCCAAAUGAUAUACAUAUUUGUGCUCCCUGCUUUUCUAGGCUUUGUUCUGAGGCUAACAAGGGGUCUUUCGGAGUCAGCACUUGAUGAGAAAUAUUCAGAAGAUACUGAAAUGCUUCUUUUACAACUCAAAUGCACAGUCUUGGCCUCUGCACUUGACUGAUGACCUAGGAUAGUACUGAGAAAGUCUUUGUCCUGCUGCAGUUUGUGCUACCUCUUGGGCAGUGUUUAAAGCAGGUCCCUUGACACGUGCUUAAAGAAUAUGGAUAUUAAUUGUAGUGUUCUUGGAAAACUCAAGCUACUUUUUGGCUAUGUAAGCUACACUUGCUGCUCCAACUGGAUAACAUGCUUUUCUUUGUCCUCGGUGGCAUGUAGAAUUUGCUUUGAAACAGCUGUUCACUUUCUCCAUAAAGUGAGCAAGAGUGAUCUUUCAGUGUAGUGCAAUCUCCUGUUCACCUCCACCCAAACUUAGUAUUUAGGGUGAAAUCUUGACCCCAUUGACCAGGUCAUGCUGGGGGGAAGACAUUUCCCCUCCCCUUUAAUAAGCACUUCUAGAUCCUUGUGUUAGGUGCUGCAAAGUGCAAAGUGGUCUUGAUUGAUAGAAAUAAUUUUGUAGAAAACAGCCUAAAUGUUUAUUGUUAGUAUUUAUCUCUUGAGGAUAACCAUGUCCGAUUGUGCGGUGUUCAGUUUCCUUGCAUGUUUCCUCAGUUGCCAUAUAGAUGCUGUGGUUUCUAAUAGCUCUUCAUCUCUUCUUCCUGACAUACUCACCUGCCUGUGAAUUAAUAUAUAUAAACGUGUUUUUGCAGAACUUUUAAGAGAACAUGAUGGCACAUGACAGAACGAUGUAUUACUGAGUUCAAAUGUGAGUUUAUUCACGAAUGAGGAACAUAGUUAUAAAUUGUGUAGCGACUUCAGAGCUGAAUCUUGCAAAUACUUGCACAAGUAAACCGUGUAUGAGAGUAAUCCCACUUAAAUGAAUCUGUUCUCAGGAUCAGGACUUGAGCUGUUGACAUUAAUUUGAAACAAUGAAGAUUUGUGUAACUGAAGUGGCUUUCUAAUUAAAAAUAAAUAAGAAAAUUUAAAGUUCACGUGCUUUAAUUGCAGUAUUAUGUUGCCUUAAAAGAUCUCAGAAAUUGGCAUAGAGAACUUGUUUGCUUCUUAAAGCUAGAGAUUUUUUUUUUUGUGUCAUAUCAGUAGGAUUGAUGUGUUUGCAAUAAUUCUGACAUUGUCAAACUAGUAUUAAUUGCUUUAUUAAAAUUUUUCCUUUGAAUUGAAUACUGUCGAGAGGUGCCAGAUCGACAGUCCUUUGAAAUUCAUACCCCCUGUAGAUCCUGUCAGGCAGUGGCAGGGCAUGUUUCCAGGCGGUGCACUAUCAGUGCUCUCAGCUGUUCAGCAAGGACUGUCCCGAUGCCAGGGGCCUGCUAGCUGUUCCGCGCUUGCCACCUCUGAUGAACUGUUAACAGUGUGCUAAACUUGCAUUGGGUUUUAUGAUGUGAGGUUCUGACGUGGGUGGAAAUGAAGUCAGUUUGUUCCCGGCAUCGGUUAUGGGACAGAACUCUUCCUGGUGAGCUGGCCUGUGUUGCUUGCGCCUGGCGUCCAAGAGGGAAGGAGGUCUCGUGCUGCCUUGCCUCUGAGGUGGCAUCAUGUGAAUCAACUGAACCUGUAAUGGAGGAGUGGGAAGCUAAUUUUUCAUGAGAUUACUUGGUGAUGUUUUAAAAUUGAUUUUGAGGCUUCUGUAACUUGUGUUGGAAUUGUUUCUAGUCCAAUACCCAUGUAUAUAAUUUGUGUAUACUCUUAUUUUCCUUUUUUCUUUCCAUUGCUGACAAAUAAAAAUAUGUAAAAACUA